AUGGCUGCCAACGAAUACUAUCACGCCAAUAUCCCCAGUCCACCUCCAUAUGAGGCAAAUCCAGCAAGGCCAGAACAUAACUCUUCCGCUCCCGGUCUUGGUUAUGCACACUCCAAUCUCCCAAACAGAGAUGACCCAUCCGCCCCUUAUUACAACCGCGAGAGCCAACAAUCCUUUGCAUCAGAAAAUGGGGCCUACCAAACAGCAGGACGAGUUGGAGAGAAUGACCAUUACGCAGAGAACAUCCCUUUGAAAUCUCAAACUCAAUUUGGGAAUAAUCAAGAGUGGAUGCAUCAACAAACUCAAUACCCACCCUCACCAGGGGCCCUGGAGGACUCGCGACAGCGGGCAAAUCCACGAAAGAAAGGGUUAUUCCAAAAGAAGCCGGCUUGGGUGACAUGGACCUUGACGCUAGUACAAGUGAUCGUGUUCAUCGUAGAACUGGUCAAGGCUGCUCAAUUUACCGGAUCGCCUAUCGAAAUCCACCCUUCGUUUAACGUCAUGAUCGGUCCCUCCUCUUACGUCCAGAUCUGGAUGGGCGCACGUUACGAUCCCUGCAUGAAGAAUAUCCCCGCGGUGUCCCGAAUCCCCACGCCUACGGCUCUCUGGAUGACACGCCUGCGCCCAAUCAGUGGUGGAGAUUCAUUACCCCCCAUGUUCAUCCACGCGGGAUUCAUUCACAUUGGCUGUAACCUGCUCGUCCAAAUGACCAUGGGCGCUGAUAUGGAACGCUUGAUCGGCAUGUGGCGGUACGGUCUGGUAUAUUUUGCCAGUGGAAUCUUCGGAUUUGUACUAGGUGGAAACUAUGCUGCGCAACUUCAGGCCAGUGAUGGAUGCUCUGGGGCGCUUUUCGGUAUCCUCGCGCUUCAAUUACUUGACUUAUUUUAUGACUGGCCUAAUCGACCGUCUCCAUGGGUCGAGCUUCUUUUUAUGGUUCUUGGUGUCGCUAUUUCGUUCGUUCUGGGUCUCCUUCCUGGUCUGGAUAAUUUCUCCCAUAUCGGAGGCUUUAUUAUGGGUCUUGCACUCGGUUUAACGAUUAUGCGAUCUCCCAAUGCGCUGCGUGAGCGUAUUGGUCUGGCACGCCAGCCCUACGUCGCGAUGAGUGGUGGAGCUGGUGAAGCCGUUCCUGAUAACCAGAAAACUUCCUCAUUCAUGACCUACCUGAAGGGUCGGGGUAAGAAUGUUGCGGCGAAUGGUGACAGCGACCCCAGUCAAACCAAGGGACCUUUGGCCUUCUUUAAGGGCCGAAAGCCUUUGUGGUGGGCGUGGUGGUUGGUUCGCGCGGGCGCUCUCGUCGCUGUCCUCAUUGGAUUUAUUAUGCUCAUUAUUGAUUUCUACAAAUACCACUCCUCGAAUUGCUCAUGGUGCUACCGCCUCAGUUGUUUGCCUGUUCACGGCUGGUGUAAGGAGGGCACUCUCUCCUAUUCCACCACCGACUCUUCUUCUUAG